AUGUCUGAAAGACCAAUUAAUAUUAGUGAAAAGAUGUAUUUACUAACAAGUGCAAUAAUUUGUAGAGCUUCAAUUGGGAGGACUUGCAAGGAUCAAGAAUCUGUGAUUAUGUUAAUGAAACAAGUUGCAUCUUUUGCUGGAGUUUUUAAUGUUGUAGAUUUGUUCCCCUCCUUGAAGAUUCUUCAUUUUAUUAGUGGGACAAACAGAAAAUUACUUCAAUUGCAUCGUCAAGUCGAUCCUGUUCUCGAAAGAAUCAUCAAUGAACAUGAAACAGAGCAAUUAGCAACAGAACAUAUAGGAGAAGAUCUGGUGGACGUUCUUCUGAGACUUCAAAACAACAACGAAUUUCAGAUUCCUAUCACAAGAAAUAAUAUCAAAGCCAUAAUACUGGACAUGUUUGUGGCUGGAAGUGCAACAUCAUCAACAGUAUUAGAGUGGGUAAUGUCAGAACUGUUGAAGAAUCCAAGCAUGAUGGAAAAAGCACAAGCUGAAGUUAGAGAAGCCUUCAAUGGAAAGACAACAAUUGAUCAAACAGAUCUUAAAAAACUAAAAUACCUCAAAAUGGUUAUUAAAGAAACCCUAAGAUUUCACCCUCCAGGACCCUUAUCAAUUCCAAGAGAAUCCAGACAACAAUGCCACAUUAAUGGAUACACUAUACCAAAUAAAACAAUAGGUAUUGUGAAUAUGUGGGCACUUGGGAGGGAUUCAGAAUAUUGGGAAGAAGCUGAGAAAUUUGAGCCAGAGAGAUUCAAUGAAAGUCCACUUGAUGUUAGUGGAAAUCAUUUUCAAUUCAUACCAUUUGGAGCUGGUAGAAGAAUUUGUCCAGGCAUAAACUUUAGUAUGACAAGCAUGGAGUUAUGUCUAGCUCAGUUACUUUGCCAUUUUGAUUGGAAACUUGUGAAUGGAGUUAGUCCUCAACAACUGGAUAUGACUGUCAACUUUGGUAAUGUUGCAUCAAGGAAAAACAGUUUGUACUUGCUUGCUUCUCCAUUUCUUAAACAAGAUGCACGUUGA